AUGAGCUCCGACGACGCGACCGCGGCCUCGGAGCUGCGGGGCUUUCUCGGCCAGGCGGCCGCCCGGCCGCGGGCCAUCCCCCCGGGCGCCACGCUGGAUGAUGUGGCCGAUCCGGCCCUGCUGGACGAUGUGCUGACGCGCACGGCCCAGGACUAUGCGGCGCUGCUGCUGGGGUCCGGGGCCCUGAUGCCGGCGAGCCCGCUCUCGGCCGGGGGCAUCUCGCCCGGGGCCCCGCCGGCCAUGGUCGGCUCGCUGGCCGGGGUCCCGGUCGACGGGCCCUGCUUCAGCGCGGUCUUCUGCCCGCGCACCCGGCAGAUGCACGCGCGAUCCGGCGACCUGGCCAGGGCGGCGCGCCGGCCGGCCGGGCCCCCGGAGGCGGACCCCCUGCCGGAGCUCACCCGGCGGUGCCUCAUCCCCUUCCUGUACAUCGGCCCGGGGAAUGACCUGGGCCCGGAGGGGCUGCACGCGCUGCUGAGCCUGCUGGCGUCGGCCCGAGGCCAGGACCUCCGGUGCCUGGUGCUGGGCGAAGGGGCCGGCCUGACGCCGGAGGCCGCGACCCGGCUUUUCCAGCAUGUCGGCGCGUCGGGCCUGGCCGAGCUGGUGAUCGACGCCGGCCCCGGGGCCUUGACCCCGGGGGCCGGGCACUCCGGGCUGGAGGAUUUGCUGGCGGCCCUGCGCUCCCGGGCGGACCUCCGGUCGUUGGUGCUGGCCGAGCGCGGCCUCCGCGGGCCCGGGCUGUCGGCCGUGUGCCGGGCCAUGGUCGAUCGCCCGGGCCCGGUGGCGGACAUGGCGGGGCCCGGCGCCGGCGGCGCCGCCUUGCCGCUCCGGUGCGUCUGGCUGGCGCACCUGGGCCUGACGGCGGAGGGCGCGCGCGUGGCCCUGGCCCCGGUGCUUCGCCGGGGGCAGACCAGCCACCUGCGCCUGGAGGGCCAGCCGCCGGGCGCCGGUCCUGCCCGGGGCCCGGGCGCCUGCUCGCACCGGCCGGCCACCCACCCGGCCGGCCAUCCGGCCGAAGCCGAUGACCCGCAUGUGGGGGUCUUCCUGCGUGCCGUGGCCCGGCACCGGCAUCUGGCCACGGUGGCCCUCCCCGGGGGGGCUCUUCACGCUGGCGGGUCGUUGAAUUGCCUGGCGGCCGGGCUCGAUGCCGGGGCCGAGCUGCGCACCCUGCGCCUGGGCGCCGUGCGCCUGGACCCGAUGGCCGGGUGCCUGCUGGCCGGGGCAUUGGCCAUCUGCCAGGGCCGGCUGCUGCACCUGUCCCUGGCCGGCCGCAGCGAUGGCGACUGUGUGAUCUUGGAUCCGGAGCUGGGCCGGCAGCUGGCCGGGGCGCUGGCGGCCCAGGGCCCGGCCGGGCUCCGGGUGCUGGCCCUGCGUGCCGGGCGCUCCAGCUCCCGGGCCCUGGCCGGGCUGCUGGACCUGCUCCAGCGCCGGCCGGCGUCCCGCGCCCUCGGGCACCUGUGCCUGGAGCUGCCGGCGCAGGAGCACCCGGCCGAGGCCCUGGUCGAUGCCAUCCUCCUGCGGUCAUCCCUGCGGCGGGUCUUCCUGUCGGGGCUGGAGGGGCCGCUGGCCCUGGCGGCGGCCGAGGCCCUCGGGCGGAAUAUCUCCCUGCGGGACUUGCACCUGCAUGGGCACUCGUGCUCCGGGGCCCUGGCGCGGGAGGCCCUGCUGGAGGGCCGCCUGGGCCGGCGGUAUGUGGGCCCCUGCUCGGGGGUGGCCCCGCCGGCGGCGAUGGCCGCCGCGCGCGCCUUCUGGGCCGCCCUCGCCGGCAAUGUCUCCCUCAAGGCCCUGUUCCUGGGCGGGACGCUGGCCCAAGCGACCGCGGCCCAGGAGACCGCCCUGGUGGGGGUCCUGCGGGUGGGCAGCGCUUCGCGCCUGCGUGCGCUGCACUUGGACCCGGCGGCGCGGCUGGCCCCGGCGGCCGUCGGCCGCCUGGCCCAAUUGGCCGAGCUCUUCCUCGGGCGCGGGGUCCUGGCCGAGGCGCCGGCGGUGGCGGCCUUCGAGCGCCUGCUGCGCUUGGCCCCGGGGCUGCGGUGCUUCGUCCUCGGGCGCAAUGGCUUUGCCCCGGGGGAUGUGGCCCUGCUGCUGGCCGGGCUGCUGCUGGCCGGGCAGGAGCGCGGCGGGGCCGACCUGGCCGCUGGCCACCGGCCCGGGGCCUGCCUCGGGGAGCUGGCCCUGGCCGCCGGCCCGGAGGCGGACGCGGCCCUGGCGGCGCCGGUCCGGCUGGAGGCCUUCCACCUGGGGGAGAAUGGCCUGUCCUCGGGCACGGUCCGGGCGCUGGCGCACCUGCUGGCCCGGGCCCCGGGGCUGACGGCCUUCCAGAUCCGCGCCGGGCAGCUGGGCGACCUGCUGACCGCCGGCCUGGUGGAGGUGCUGGCCCCGCGAGCGGCCUCCCUGACCCGGGUGAGCCUCGGGCGCAAUCGCUUCACGCCGGCCGGCGCCCGGGCCCUGCUGGCCCUGCUGGCCCGCUAUGCCUCGCUGACGGACAUCGUCCUGCCGGACAUGCCGGGGCCCAUCACCGGCGAGGUGGUCCGGACACAGGUGGCCGCGCACCUGCGCGCCCGGGCUGCCUUCUGCAACUUGUCCGACAACGACCACACCCUGGCCGCCACCCUGCCCGGGCAGCUGGUCCACCGCCGGGCCCGUGUGGCCGACUUGUUCGAUCGCGUGUACAACUCCUUCAACUUCGAUCCGGCCUCGGCUCUGGCGCACCCGCCGGUCCUGACCCGGAUCACCUCCAACGCCGGGGUGGCCUUCUGUCUGUGCCCCGGUGCCGGGCACGCGGCCGACACCUCGCUGGACGCCUGCCUGACCGAGCUGGAGGAGGUCCUUUUCUACCGGGGGUUCACUCGCCUGUCAUACUUCCACCUGGCUACCGACACACAGGCGUUCAUCGCCCGGCGCGAUGCACUGGACGCGCUGGGCGCCAUGCUACAUGAACUGGAAGCCGCCGAGGCGGCCCUGACACCGGAGCGCAUGCGCCUGCUGGCCGCCCUGCCAGGAGGCACUGAUGCCGGGCUUGCUUCCCCACAGGACGACCCGCCGGUGGCCAAGCAGCCCCGAGGGGCGGAUGUGCUUGGGGAUUGCGUCGCCACCGCCGGCGCCGGCGUCCGGCAACACGAUCUACGCAUCCUCACCGACGCCGGGGCCCUGACACCGGCCAUGACAUACAUCGACUUCUUCGCGCAUCGCUCUCUCUCGCGACUGCCGGCCCUGCUGGCCGGGUGGCUGCUGGAUGUCGGCCUGCCGGAGGCCGCGCGCCUGGCCCUGCUGACGGGCCUCACGCCAGGCGACUUCGCCGGGCGCAUCCAGGGGCCCGCCUCGCUGUGCUGGUACUGGCACCGGCAGGUGUCCAUCGGCCAGGCCAGCCGGGCCAUGCUGCUGGCCUCGCUGGUGGCCAAUCCCCGGCUGUCGUUGGCCCAAGUGCCGGCCGGGUCCAUGCUGCACUGGGCCCCGGGGCAGCUGGCCGUGGCGCUGAGCAAGUGCGUCGACUCGACCGGGGCCCUGGGGCGCCUGGGCUGGCUGCUGGACGGCCUGGACGGCCUGGCCCUGGUGGUGGCCAUCUCCGAGCGGAGCCUUUGGCGGAUGUUCUCCCCGGCGGUGGUCUUCCCGGACAAUGGCCUGCUGCCGGAGGCCGUCCUGGAGGAGGGCCGCCAAAUGGCCCCCCACGGCGGAGGGACGGCCGGCAUGGCCAAUGGCCCCUCGCCGGUCCUUGCGCCGAUUCCCUUCGGCCCCGCCGGCAUGGAGAAGGUGGACGUGUCGCCGCGGUCGCCCCUGGCACCGGACCUCCCGGCUGACCCGCCGGCGGGCGUCGAUCCGGGUGCCAUCUUCCUGGAUGCCCUGCCGGCGGCUGGCAUCGCCAGCCCCGCCGGGGGCAUGCCGUCGCCCUCCCCCGGGUCGGGAUGGGCUUCGGCGCCCGGGUCGCCGCGGUCUCCGCGGCCGCUGUCGCGCGCCGCCUCCGGCGUCGACCUGCAUGCGUACCUGCCCGGGGCCGGGCUGGGCGCUCGGCCGCGCCUGUCCCUGGCCGACGCUCGGUGGCUGCUCCGGUGCCGAGAGGUCCUGAUCGCGCGUGAAGUCCACGCGGGCCGACUGCCCGGCUGGCUGGGCACCUGGUGCCCGGAUGUGCCGGUGCUAGACCAGGUGGCCUCCUGA